UUACUAAUUAUAUAUACAGAAUGGUUUCAAAAUUUUAGUUUGAAUUUUACUGUCAUGCUUAUGUCCGCAGCUGACGUAGGUUAUAUUUUUACAUCCGUAACUUGGGUUAGGAUUAUGAUCAAGGACUAAAUCAAACGGGGUCCUAAUUUGGGUCCUCGAGUAUAGUAAGUAACACCAGCCAGUUAGCAAGCGGAGCUGAAACGAAUUAGAAUUUAACACUGAAUUUGGUUUAAGUUUAAAUAAAUCAUGGAUGAAAGUGAACUUGAGAGGAAAGCCGUGGAGGAGCUCCUUAAAGAAGCCAGCAGAGCAAAAGUCCGUGCUGAGACGAUGGGUCCUACUGGAUGGAUUCAGUGUCCGCUGGAAAGCACAAACGAGCGCUUUCUGCUGAACUCUCUCAGUUCCCCUGCUGUGACGCGUCAGCCUACAAAUCAGCGCGCUUCUGAGAGAGAGAGAGACGAACAUAGGUACAAAAGAGCUUGUGAAAAACAUCGUACCACAGACUGUGAAAAGUGCAAUCCCAAAGUAGUUCAUUCACACAGAAGAUACCGCUCCGAUUCUCAUUCACACACUUCAAAACACCGCUCUUCCUCACGCGGUCACUCCCCAUCCCGAAGACACUCCCCGCACCUCUCCCGGAAGUCAGAAAGGACUCGAUCUCGCUCACCAGUGCGGGACAGUUCUCCAGAUGUCAAAAAAUACACUGACAGUGGGGGGAAAUGAUGGAACGGUCUUUGUAGAGGUUUGGUUUUGAGCAUACAUUAGAUCUCUACAUUAACACACCUAUGAAUUCCUACAAUUCUGCAAAUUUCCGUUUGCCAUUAUAGGUGCUGAACAAUAAUAUUAAAAUAGCAUUUUUAAAAUUAAACGACGGAAUUCGAUUAUUGAGAGAGGCUGUGAAUAUCAUUUUGACUUGAAAGGACGAUUUUCAGAACUAUUUUAAUACGACAUUGUGUAUUGCAACUUUCUCAGGCUUGUUUCCUUUUUUUAUUUAUAGAAAUGUAUUGUUUGUAUAAACA